AUGACGCAUAGAGGAGAGAUUUUUCCUACGCAAGGAAAGAUGGAACGAAAUAUGCCUCCGGGGGCAGCGGCAAGAUUCUCGGAAGAUGAUUGCACAGCCAUUGCACAGCCAUUGCCAAUUUCGAGCAUCAGCGAUUUCGCAGUGCAAUGUCAUUUCUACACCGCUGAAGUGCGAGCCAACUUUAUGCCGUUUUGCGGUAUCAUCGUAUACAUAGAGCUAGUAACUAGACCGAGAAUGUUGGUUUUGGACCUCAACAGAAUGACAGGACGAUUCUGA